AACUGUUCUUGAAUCUUUCUUUCUUGUGCUUUACUCGUAACAAUCGAUUUCAAAUCUCUUCUGAACUUUUCACAUCCAUUGACAUGGGAAGCUGUGUAUCGCUCAAUCGGAGAGACUCCAAUUCUCCCCCAACGGUGAAGAUCGUCUCCGUCAACGGCGAUCUACGGGAAUACAAUGUUCCGGUGCUAGCAUCUCAGGUCCUUGAAGCUGAAUCGGCGGCGUCGUCCUCCUCCUCUUAUUUCAUCUGCGAUUCGGAUUCUCUCCUCUACGACGAUUUCAUCCCGGCGGUCAAAUCGGCAGAACCGCUUCACGCCGAGCAGAUCUACUUCGUCCUUCCGAUCUCCAAACGGCGGAACCGUCUAACGGCACCGGACAUGGCGGCUCUCGCCGUCAAAGCAAGCGUCGCGAUACAAAACUCCGUCGGGAAAGAUUUUCGCCGGCGUAAAAAGGGGAGGAUCUCGCCGAUCAUGACGCUUACUACUCAGCCUAACGGUUCCGUUGCUGCUGUUAACGGAAAAGCAAGCGAGUCAACGGAUAGUAAGGGAAGACCGUUGGUGAAGAGAACGGCGACGUAUAAGGCUUCGAGUGGUUAUAACCGGUCCGGUUCGGUACGUAAUUUGAGAAGGCAUACUUCGAGGCGAGCAAAGUUGGCGGUUCGAUCAUUUAGGCUGAAGCUUUCAACGAUCCACGAAGGCUCCGUCGUUUAGAUUGGCUAUAUAACUCUUUUAAGUCGUAUUUAUUUUUGCGAGGCUCAAACAAAUGAGAAAUUAAAAAAUGAAAACCAGUACUAGAAUAAGCAUAAUAUUAUUCGCAAUUUUGUUUUCGUUUGUUAUAAACUGAUGAUAUAUUAAAUAUCAGAUGAAGAAAGACUAUGUAAGUAUGUAUAUUUAUUUCCUUUUACGUUCUUUGUUUGUUUGUUUGGUUGUAUAUAUUGGUCACGUACCUCACGCUAUAGAAAAGCAUAUAUGUUACCAAA